GAGAAAAGUGGGAAAGGCAAACGCGGCCAAGCGCCAACUUCAAGAACGGUAUUCGCAGCCUGAUUACAAAACGAAUAAUGAACAACGCAGAACAAAACUUCCGGGAGUCUCUCCGCUCCUUCAAUGCCUCUGGCGGUGGCCGUGCCGCAGCGCCGCCAGGUGGCGGGUUCUCUUUCUCGUCGGCAUUUGGCGGGUCGGCCGGGGCGCGGCCAGUUGCGACUGCAACCGACCCGGCAGGAGAGUCACUUCUCGGAGGCUUCCGAACCCGGACGCAAAGUGCCUGGACGAACUUAGGAUGGGGAGGAGGGCCGCAAGAAAUGGAGCUGUUUGGGCUGACAAGAUGGCAGCGUCUCGUGGGAUGCGUCGUCUGUCUGGGCCUAGCCGUGUUUUGUUUCUUCAUCGCCUUCUUCCUCGGUCUACCGGUUUUGCCAUUAAGUCCUCACAAGUUCGCCUCGCUCUUCACCCUCGGCAGCAUCUUGGCUGUAUCUGCCCUCGCGCUUCUGCAAGGACCUAGAUCGUUCUUCUCACAUAUCAUCACGAAAGAGCGGCUACCGUUUACGGCUGUCUACUUCGUAUCAAUGGCGUUGACGCUCUACUUCUCCAUCGGGCGGCAUUCAUACGUCCUGACCAUUAUAUCCAGCGUUGCACAACUCAUCGCCCUCCUAUGGUAUUUCGGGUCCUACCUACCAGGCGGCGCAGCAGGCCUGGGCUUCAUCACGAGAUAUUUUGCGCGGAAUAGUGUCGGUUUGCCGGUUUGAUGAGGAUGGAUGGAACUGCAUGGGUGGAGGGCGAAGGCAUGCCGCUGCCACCAUUUUUGGAUUGAAAUAGGGCGAUGGU